UGUAAAACGGAGGCAGCUGAAUGUUCUGUAAAUGAAAGAAAAUGUCUAUGUCCUAUAGAUCGCUUUUAUCGUAACCGCACGAAUACUUGUGAAACGCUGCCAGACUGCGAACAAAACUGGUUGAUAAAUCAAGUGACAACAAAGUCAAUAACAUUUACAGAAAACCAAAGUCCUGAAAGUUUCGGCUAUUAUGUUGUUGAAUUGAAUAAUGUCGAAAGUUUUACGCUUAACGAGAACAUGAAGUGUCAUGAUAUGGAAGUCUGUGCUUUUUCAAAGGACGUUAAAAUAUUAAACAUAUCUGGACUUGAAUCUGGUUUGCUCUAUAACUUUUCGUUUAAGACGGCGAAAGAAAAGGAACAAAAUAUAAGCUAUGCUGUUAGCAAAAACAUUUGCCAGACAUUCAGCCUAUAUACUGCCCCUGAACUUCCAAAAGACAUUACAAUACCAACUGAAAGAAUAAAUUCCUCCAGCUUCGUGGUGCAAUUUUCUGAUCAUCAAGCCCUAAAUAACUUUAUAGACUGGCACCUGGAUGUAUACAAUAAUGGCGAGUUCAUAACCAAUAUGACACAGCCUAAAGCAAUAUCGAUGAUGACAAUCUCUGAAGGCAUACAAGAAUCUACGACUUACACAGUUUCAAUUUUUACCGUUGCUCUAAAUCAGACGAGUAUAUCAGAAAAUGUCACCGUAAACACCAGGCCAAUAGACACAUCACCAGCUCAAUUUUAUAAUGUAUCUGAAAACAGCAUUUUCCUUCAUUUCAACUGCGUCGAUCCAACUACAAAGUACACACACAUUGUUACAACCACUUGUCAGAUAAACUUUGGGGGCCCUUGCAAACCCCACGGUUCAAAUGGUACUUUUGAAAGAUGCACCAAGCCUGUUGAAGUAAAAAUUUCUGAUCUUAAACCUGGAACGUUAUAUACCGUAACAAUACACACAUCUUUCAAGGGAAUGCUUAACUCUGUGCCACAAACUAUUUCAUCUUAUACGACACCAAACAUCGUCAACAAGACAAGUAUUAAAAUAGCUUCAUCAACAACCAGCUCAAUGCGAGUGAUGUGGGGAAAUGUAACAGAAACAUUUAAUGGAUACAAUGUACAUUUUAACUGCACUAGUCCUAAUAUCAACUCAAAAAGCAACGCGACAUUCGACCCGACAGUGUAUUCAAAUGAGGCCUCUGUUUCUGGUCUCGAUCCUGGAACAUUUUGUUCGAUAAAUCUAACGACAUUUUUGAAAACUGGAGAAUUCGGAAAUUUAUUCAGUGGUGUGGUUGAGGUCAGACUUAAUGAAAGCACGAACGAGACCGCGCCUGGUAGCGUACAAAGUGCGCAAAUUUCAGAAACGACAUCGAUGCGUUCUACUCUACACUGGUCGACACCUUUCUUAAGAAACGGAAUCAUCCGACAUUACGUUACAUGGAUUACUGAACAAAAUGACUCGUGUUUACGACUAUCGUUGUGGAAUUUCUCAGCUUAUGAUGAUUUAUAUCCAAUCAACGCGAAUUUAUUAAGGAAUAUAUCCUGUUCAUAUAACGAAACGAACACGUUUUCGUCUGAGACGCAGCUUUCUUGGUCUUUGACGGGCUUACAUCCAUUCCGAAAUUAUACGGCAUAUAUUGCUGCUUAUACAGUGGACCUGGGACCCCAAACUACUGUCCAGAUUGACACAUUGGAAGAUAUUCCAGGUAAACCAGUGAGUUUGAGGGAUGAAGAGAAAACCUCCAAUUCAAUAAAAAUGCAUUGGUCGGCACCGCUGGAAAGAAAUGGAAUUGUUUUGAAUUACACGGUGAAAUACAGGUUCGACGAACGAGAGUGUCGCAAGAAAGGUGCAAUAAAAGAAGUUAGUAAAACAUCUGAAACCUCUUUGACACAAAUGGAAUUAACCGAGUCUAUCUAUUCAUAUUGGGAUUAUAAUAUAUCAGUAAAAGCUACAAACAAGAUUGAUUCUGGCAAUUAUUCAGAUGUUUAUUCCGUGAAAACAAAUGAGUCAAAUCCUGAUACAGUUAAUGAAAUCACUUCCGAAUUCGUCUUCGCACAAAAUGCUACAAUAAUAUGGAAGGCUCCUUGUUAUGCAAACGGAGUUCUUAGACAUUUUUAUGUGGAAAUUACAAAUGAAACAACACGUGACAACAAAAGUGCUUGGAAAUAUACCGCAAAGGUGAACGCCACAUUACAUGAGCUGGUUGUUCAUCAAUUAUUGCCAUUUAGAAAUUACAGCGUUAAAAUAUUCGCGGAAAACACAUAUUACAAUGGGACCUACAACGCAUCACAUGAAUUCCGAACGGCCAUUGACGAUCCGGAAAAAACAACUGGAUUAAGUCAGAACCUGACGUUUCCAUAUUCUGUUAAGUUGUCUUGGGAUCGUGUGAAAAAAUACACUGGACCAACAAAGUACAUUAUCAACGUCGUUGACCUUAGCACACAUGAACUUUUUACAACGUUUAAUACAACAGUUGGAUAUUGGCUAAAUGAACUAGCAACCGAAGCAUUGAUUGUUGAACUCGAUGCCUACUGGCAUUACACUGUUUCUGUAACGGCGGUUACGUCUGACGGCGACAUGAGCACGCGGUAUAGCGCAACGUCGGAAUUGCAAGUUCUAACGGCAGAAGACGUUCCUGGUCCGGUGACGAAUCUUACUGUUCAGAAUGAAACUGAUCUGGAAAAACCACGGCAACUUGUCGUGAGAUGGGAGCGUCCGAAGGAAAGAGACCUAAAUGGAAUUAUCGUGCGAUAUUAUAUAUUCUGUUCUAAUAUGGACAAACUGUAUAACACAACAUCAUCAGUUCAAUUUUACAAAAUACCGCUGUUCAUUAACAACACGGUCGACAUAGCAGUACAGGUAUGGGCUGCAACAAGAGCCGGAAACGGAACACCUACUGAUAAUGUUAUCGCAGUGUCUCCUGGAGCCCCUUAUCGUGCAAUCGAAACUCCGACUACUCCUCUGACAAAAACAGCGGAUGUUCCUGUUGAUGACAAUAAGAAGAUGAUUGCGGUGCUGCUCCCAAAAACAUUUCUGUGUAAUAAUGCCAAUGGCUUGCCAGAUACUUGGGGUGUAAUAGUUGCUCAGGAUGGCACAGAAAAUGAAAUCCCGUUUGUUGGAAGCCGUGAAAAAUACAACAACCGAUCAACAAGCGAUUAUAAAAAGUGGUACCAAGUCAAAGACGAUGAUAAAAUGUGGCCAUACAUCGCAACGUCAAAUUGGACCCCACAGUGUAAUACAGAACAUAAAACACGUCGCCGUCGCUCGGUCGAAGACAACACAAUUAACUUCAUUGUUGGUUCUGACGAUUGUUCAAACAACAAAGGGUACUGCAACGGGCCAUUGCAACCAGGCCGUUCAUACAGAGUGAAGUCAUUUGCUUGCACAACAACUGGAUGCACAGAGACGUUAUAUUCUCAUCCUAUUCAAACAGCACCUAAUCUCGUUCCUGCAAUCGUUGGUGGUCUAGCUGCAGCUGUUGCAGUCAUCGCAGUUGUGACUCUCAUUGUAUACACAAAACGUACCGGGAAAUUAUGUUUUUCAAGAAAGACAGUUGAAAGAGAACAAAAAGGUGGAGAUAUUGAAAUACCGGAAGUAGAAACUCCAUCUACGGAAUAUAUUUUCAAGCCUGGUCCAGUUCGAUUGUCCGAAUUUUCAGAAUAUGUAGCCAGAAUGCAUAGAGACAGUAAAAUGCUGUUUUCGGAUGCAUUUAAGAUGCUGCGAGACAAGAGUCCUGGCCAUCCGAUAACGGCGGCUGAUACCCAACAAUGCAGGCCUAAGAACCGCUACACGAAUAUUAUGCCUUUUGACCACUCCCGAGUGAAGCUCCGUGCUCUAGACGACGUAGAAGGAUCGGACUUUAUCAAUGCGAAUUAUAUCCCUGGCAACAACUCUCGCCGCGAAUACAUAGCAACCCAAGGCCCCAUGCAGAUGACGUUUGAUGAUUUUUGGCGCAUGAUCUGGGAACAAAAUGUUGACGCGAUUGUUAUGCUUACAAAAUUGGCGGAAAAGGGGCGGAUCAAAUGUGACCAAUAUUGGCCGAACGCGACCGAGCCAGUGUUCUACGGUGAAGUGGUUGUCUCCAUCAAGUCCGAGUCAAACCUCUCUGACUACACAUUGCGGAUUUUCGAGAUCAAAACAUCCAAGGGGCCGAGUCGGAUAGUGAAGCAAUUCUGGUACCUGAAAUGGCCUGACAUGGGUUGUCCCGAAGAUCCACAGAUGUUGUUAGACUUUGUGAAGUCUGUCCGAGAACAUACCCACAGGCCUGACAGGACAAAUCCCACCGUUGUACACUGCAGUGCCGGUGUGGGAAGAACGGGGACGUUCAUUGCGGUCGAUCAUUUGCUGCAGUAUAUCCGCAACCAUGACACCGUAAAUAUCUACCAACUGGUUUUGGACAUGCGUGAACACCGGGUCAACAUGGUGCAGACUGAGGACCAGUUCAUCUACAUUUAUGAAUGUCUGAAGGCGUUUAUCAACACUGAUGAGGAGGACGAGGAACCUAUUUAUCAGAAUGGUGACUUUGGCGCGGAAAAUAUCUACGAAAAUGCUGGAUUUCGAAAGGAAACAUAAAUAUAGAUAACUUUUAUAAGUAGACAGUUUCUACAAGCAUUUUUUUAUUAUCUUCAGAAAUGUUUCUAUAUAUCGGUAUACAACUAUACCGUAUCUUCCAGUCAUUUCAAAACAAAUAUGAGUGUUUUAAAAAUUUAUCGAAACCUGAACGCGAUGAGAACAUCAAAUAGGUGCGUCGAAAAGGUGCGUCGAAAUGAUUGUUCUGGAAAUUCAAUUAAAGCUAUCAUAAACGUGCAGAGGACUUACACAGUCUUUGGAGAGUGUGUAAUCAUUAUGUUUUUAAUAAAACAUUUAUAACCAGAUAUAGUUUAUUACAACAGUGUUUGUUUUAAUUGUCUUAGCAUGUUAGCUGUGUGUACGUUUUAUAUACAACAAUAUUAUUAUGGAUUAUAUACUGCUAGAUUAAUUUUGGUGUCUGAUGUGAAUGAAUUUGGCAUAAUUAAUUUUUCUUAAUUUAACCAUUUAAUGUGUGAUUGUAAAAUGUAUAAUUAGAAUCAUGAUUUUAAAUUAUGUCAAAAUCGUGAUUUCUUGUUAUGAUUGCAUUAUAUCAUAUCUAUAUUAAUUAUUAUAUAUACUUUAAAUGUCAUAAAUUCAUAUUAUAUGCAUUUUUACUUUUCAAUUAACGUCCAUUUCAUGCUUUUAUAUUUUUUGCAGUUAAAGACAUUUAUACGUUGCUUAAUCACUUAUUUCAUUAAUUAUGAAACAAUCAUAAUAAUUGAGUAUGUUGUAUGAAGAUAAUUUAUCCUUUGUUUGCCUCUAUACUAAUCGGAAAUAAACUAUUUAAAGCAUGUUUU